GAGAUAGUUUGAGUAGACAGUGGGAGACGAAGGGACGCAGCGAUAUAAUAGGUAGAAUGGGAGAAGGGAGAGCAGCGAGAGAAGGGAGAGCAGCGAGAGAAGGGAGAGCAGAGAUAGUAAGGGUAGCAGUGAUACGAGGGGACGAAUUGGUAGAAUGGGUAGCAGUGACAGAACAGAUAGCCUUGAUAAAAUGGAGGAAAGGAUAGAAACGGAGAGUGAUGAUAAAGAAAAUGGAGAAGACGACAAUGGUAGCGAAGAUAAAGAGAGCGUGCGGCAGCUGCCAAAGGCAGCUGGGAAGUCUGACAAGAAAGAAGCCAUCACACAGGAAGCUGGUGUCAACGCGCGUGAGAAGCCAGCUAGCGCAGAUAUAGACAGUGACGAUGACCUUGAACCGUUUGACAUGUCACAUGACAAACAGUCGAGCCGGAUCAAACCUCCCGCUUACAUCCGCGACUGCCUGGAUGGGCUGAUAGCCACCGAACAACCGGAUCGAACAGCGAUCUGCCUGCAGACCGCCGAACAACUUGUCAGGAACGAGCGGGAGUUCAUCGACCCACAGGUGGCGGUUGAGCUCACGAAGGUGCUGCUGCACCUGAACGACGAGUACGAUUUGCCCGGCUUCGUCGUGCACCGGCGACGCGCCCUGGUGGCAACGGCGGUGCGAUUCCCGAAGCGUGUCGCUGACUACCUCACGCGACAGUUCUACGAGCGGAACUACAACCUCAGGCAGCGCAUGGACGUACUGGAGGUUUUAGCUGCUGCCGCCCAGGAGCUGUCUCAACCCGGCAGCCCGCCGCUCGCAGCCGGCGCCUCUGGGGAAGGUCAGAGUAGGGUGAUCUCCUCCUCCAGCAGUGAGGCGGUCCCUCUCAGCCCUGGGCCCACCACCGAGAACUGGAGGGCUCUCAUCGAGCAGCGAUUAGAGAGGAAGACGCGCCGAUUUAGCAAGGACUUGGCUGCUGAAGAUGUAGCGGGCAGCUUGCCGUCGUCAGCACCCAAAGGUCUCCUAUGCAACCAAGAUGUCGUGCCGUACCUUCGUCCGACGGCAAGCGACAACAACGGGGAAAUGUGCGACGUGAAGUUGCACCGAGGCAGCGACGACAAUGCGGACGCUAAGACGCGGCACGGCAAUGGACCAAACGUUACCGUUAAGACGCUGCUCUGCUGCCUGCGCACGGGCACGGUGACGACGAGUCUGCUCACGUCGAUCACCAACCUGCUGGGCGUCACCGUCGACCGCUACAUCGCCGUCAUCAUGUCGCUGCGCUACCCGAUGAUCAUGACACACACUCCGCGCCGUCGCCGUCAUCGUCGUCUGCUGGGCGUGGUCGCUGUCGUUCAGCUUCGUUUGUGUGAUUCCGGCCCGCGCGUGCCUUGA